UUAAGAGCGAAGUGGGCCCGUAAAGUCCGUGUAAAGCGGUGAUCUAUUCCGAAAUUCCGAUCUUAGUUUGCGUUUGGCGUAGGUGGAAGAAGAAGAGAAAAGAGAGAGAAGGGUAAGGUAACCCUAGAGUGGUGAAUCGAAUCUGCAAAGAUGGAAGCUGUUUCUCGAAGAAGAGGUGGAGGCAUUUUCGAAAGCCUCUACAAGGUCGUUAUGCGUCGCAACUCUGUCUACGUUACCUUCGUCAUCGCUGGCGCCUUCCUCGGAGAACGGGCUGUAGAUUAUGGAGUCCACAAGCUCUGGGAGGCUAAUAAUGUUGGGAAACGAUAUGAAGACAUUCCUGUGCUAGGGCAAAGGCAGUCAGAAUAGUGACCAGCUUGUUAGCCAUUUUGAAGUUUUAUUAUUUUCAUGAAAAUUUGAAGUGAUUAAGAGCUGGAAGCAGUUUCCAUUUCUACAAUAAAUACCAUAUGCUUGUCUCUUUCAGGCUUAACUCUUAUGCGUGGUUUCAUUUACUGGCCAUUGGAAAUAUUAAAUAUUGAACCAUUGCAGAAUUCUGUACUUUUUUGAAACGAUUAUUUGGAAUCAUUGAUUAUGCAAAUCGCGGACUUUCUAGUUA